UGCUCGUUCCGGACUGCAAAUGAGCACCUGCACACACCUCUUUAUCAGGAUCUUACUCCUUACCCCACACUGCCACCCAGAUGGCCAAGAAACCUGCAUCAGAGUCAGGUACAAGAGGGCCAGGCCUGUCCCUCAGGCCUGGAACUGCCCACGGUGCUACUGCAGAUGGAGCGGAGCCGGCGGGCCCAGGAGCAGCUCCUGUGGGACUUGGAGCUGCUGACCGGGGCAGGGCUGGGCCUCUUCUGGCCCCACCGGGCCCAGCUUUGUGGUCUGAGAGGCCAGGCCCAGUGUGCAUGGAGCCAGGGCAGCAUGCCCCAUGGUAGGAUGGAUGGGGGCUCUGAGCAGCGGACAAGUUGGAGUUCCAGGCUGUGCUCAUCGCCUCCUGCUGAGGACUCCCUGAACCAGACCCAUCAGCUCCUGGAGGGGGGGCAGUCGGUGGACCCAUCAUCAGCCCGGGAUCUAAGUGAAGCCAGGAGUAAUGCAGACCCAAGGUGGGAGAGCCCUGGCAUGCCUGCAGAGUCCACGCCUGGUUGCUUACAAGAGCUGAACCCCACCACCACCGGCAGUUUUGGGGAACCAGGAAGCUCAGAGUUCAAGGACCUGACCCAGAGGGAUGAGAGGGGCCAAGCAGAGCCCACAACCCAGAGGCCCAGUCGAUCAUCAUCCAGGAGCCUACAGGAGAAAAAGCUUGCUCAGGGAGCCCCAGGACCCUCAAGCUUCCCGCCCCAGGGCCUGCCAGAACCCCAAGAUCCCCUGGAGGGGCUGGGCUGCAGCCCAGGCCAGGAGAGAGCAGAGCUUCAGAAGCUGCUAAGGAUUGAGAUGAUUCAGAGUCAGAGAGAGGAGGACCCUCAGGAGCAGAAAGAAGAGACCCCUCAGGAUCAGAGAGGGGAGGCCCCCCAGGGGAAGGACAAAGACUUUCCUCAGAGGAAGAGAGAGAAGACACAACAGGGUCAGAGUGUGGAGGCUAUGCAGGCUCUGAGGGAAGAAGAGGUCCCUGAAGGGCAAAGGUGGGAGGCCCCCCAGGGUGAGAACAAAGAGGCUCCUCAAGGUCAAGACAGAAAUCACUCUAAGUGUCAGAGAAAGGAGGCCCUCUUGGAGCAGAGUGAGGAUUCUCCUCAGGGCCUGGAAGUGAAGAUCCUUCAGUCUUCCGACGGCAGAGGCUGUCUCUCACAAGCCCUGGAGGUGGCUCAGGGAGAGGCGCCUACACUGCCCUCGGAGGAAGGCGGCUCCCUGGGAAUUCUGGGGGACUUCUGCAGGUCCCUGGGAGAACAGAUGCCGCAGCCUGAAAGCUGGGAGAGCCCAGGCCCCCGGGGAAGGACCAACCAGCUGAUGCAGGUUAAGACUGAUGCCUGGACAGGAGAGUCGGCAUCGGCCGUGGGAGAGCAGGGGCCCGCCCGGGAAGGAACGUGGGUUCCCCUUCCGACCCCGAGGCCCCCAGCCCAGCCGCCACUCCCAGGCCCAGGAGUGGUGAUGCUAGCGGCCCGACACACUGGGGGCUCCGGGCAGCUGGAGCACCUUGCAGCUCCCUCGGGGCACCCGGGCCUGGUGCGCGAUCCGUACGCGCUUCAGGGC